GCGCCGCGCCGCCCGCUCGCUGCGGGGCACGGACAGCUCGGUGCGGGCGGAAAGAUGAACGUGGAGAACCAGGAUGUGCUGCUGGAUCUGGAGGAGGAGGAGGCGGCGGGGGAGGAGGAGGAUGAGGAUGGGGAGAUCGUCUUGGAGUUGAACCAGGUGAUAAUUCCCACUUACGGAACUGUGCCAGAUCAGCAAAACCUUCAUACUCCAGAAUGGGCUGAUUUUGAUAAUAAGCCUGACUCCUUGUUCUUCAGUGAUGGGCAGCGAAGAAUUGACUUUGUUUUGGUGUAUGAAGAUGAAAGCAAAAAAAUGACUCACAAGAGGAGUGACCGUAAAAAGCAAAAGAGGAAGAGACAAGUUUAUGAAUCCAAUCUGAUAAACAAUGGCUUGCAGCUUGAAGCCACAAGAUCAAUUUUGGAUGAAAAACUUAUUUUUGUAAAAGUGCAUGCACCUUGGGAAGUGCUGUGCACAUACGCUGAGGUUAUGCACAUCAAAUUGCCUCUGCAGCCUGAUGACCUAAAAACCCGAGAUUCAGCUUUCAACUGGUUUUGUAGACUGUUCAGAGUAGAUGAAAAUAUCAUCAAACCUGAGCAAGAGUUUUUCACUGCACCUUUUGAAAAGGAACAUUUGUCCAACUUUUAUAUUCAAGACAAAGACACAUUUUUCAAUCCUGCAACUAGAAGUCGAAUUGUUCAUUUUAUCCUGUCCCGUGUGGAAUAUGCAACAAAAAACAAUGUAAAAAAGUUUGGCAUUAACAAAUUAUUGGAUGCUGGAAUCUACAAAGCGGCAUUUCCCCUUCAUGAUUCUAGUUUCAGGCACCCGUCUACUGAUCCUGACUGUCCAAGUGAACGGUAUCUUCUCUACAAAGAAUGGGCUCACCCUAAAAACGUUUUCAAACUGCAACCCCUGGAUUUUAUCAGGAAAUAUUAUGGAGAGAAAAUUGGAAUCUAUUUUGCUUGGCUGGGCUUUUACACUAAUAUGCUGAUCGUGGCUGCAGUUGUAGGAGUUGGCUGUUUUCUGUAUGGAUGCCUGACAAAGGACAACUGCACAUGGAGCCAAGAAGUAUGUGAUCCUAACAUAGGAGGUAAUAUCAUAAUGUGCCCUCAAUGUGAUAAAGUAUGUACCUACUGGAACCUCACCAUCACUUGUGAAUCGUCCAAGAAACUCUGUAUAUUUGAUAGCUUUGGAACACUGGUGUUUGCAGUAUUUAUGGGAAUAUGGGUUACCUUGUUUUUGGAGUUUUGGAAGCGAAGGCAGGCAGAACUGGAGUAUGAAUGGGACACAGUUGAGUACUUAGAGCAGGAAGAACAAGUUCGCCCAGAAUAUGAAGCACAAUGCACUCAUGUUGUAAUGAAUGAAAUCACACAGCAAGAAGAACAUGUGCCGUACACUGCCUGUGGAAAAUGCAUUCGUAUGACUUUCUGUACAAGUGCAGUCUUAUUCUGGAUUCUUUUGAUUAUUGCUUCAGUCAUUGGAGUCAUUGUCUACAGACUCUCGGUUUUCCUGGUGUUUUCUGCAACAUUGUCAAAGCACAUUACUGGAACGCAAGCAAUCCGCAAGUACUUGACUCCACAAACAGCUACUUCAGUAACUGCUUCAGUCAUCAGCUUUAUAAUCAUUAUGAUUCUGAAUAUCAUCUAUGAGAAAGUGGCAAUCAUGAUUACUGACUUCGAGCUUCCAAGGACACAGACUAAUUACGAAAACAGUCUGACUACAAAGAUGUUCUUAUUCCAGUUUGUCAACUACUAUUCGUCGUGCUUCUACAUAGCCUUCUUUAAGGGUAAAUUUGUAGGUUACCCUGGAAAUCCAGUUUAUUGGUUGGGAAAGUAUCGCAAUGAGGAGUGUGAUCCAGGUGGAUGUCUCCUUGAACUCACAACUCAGCUUGCCAUCAUUGUAGGAGGUAAAGCAAUCUGGAAUAACAUCCAAGAAGUACUUCUUCCUUGGAUUAAGAAUCUAAUUGGAAGAUAUUGUGCAGCUGCUAGAUCAGAAAAAAUUGUUCCACGUUGGGAACAUGACUACCACCUGCAGCCCAUUGGAAAACUUGGAUUGUUUUAUGAGUACCUUGAAAUGGUUAUACAGUUCGGAUUUGUCACUCUGUUUGUGGCAUCAUUCCCACUGGCUCCUCUUCUGGCUCUUAUUAACAAUAUGUUGGAAAUCCGACUGGAUGCUUGGAAGAUGACAACCCAGUUCAGACGCAUAGUUCCACAGAAGGCACAAGACAUAGGAGCAUGGCAGCCGAUCAUGCAAGGAAUAGCCAUUUUGGCUGUAGUUACUAAUGCCAUGAUAAUUGCUUUUACAUCUGACAUGAUUCCUCGUCUGGUUUAUUACUGGUCCUUUUCAGUCCCUCCUUAUGGGAAUCACAGCACUUACACAAUGAAAGGCUAUAUAAACAAUACACUCUCUGUCUUCAAUAUAUCAGACUUCAAAAAUGAAAGCAAGCCAUCUCCUCCUUGGUUGGGGAACCAAACAACAUGCAGAUACCGUGAUUUCCGCUACCCUCCUGGUCACCAGCAUCAGUAUGAGCAUAACAUAUAUUACUGGCAUGUCAUUGCAGCCAAGCUGGCUUUCAUCAUUGUCAUGGAGAACUUGACUAAAACUUUAAGAACCAGAAUCGUUUUCUGUAAGACUAACAUCACUUCCUGUGAAGGAGUUUUGAUCACACGAUAAAGCAAACACCUCAAGUAUAAAAUGAAGAGGAAAAGCCAUAAUAUGAAGGAAAAUACAACUCAAAACCAUGUUCUAAGCUAUUACAAUUGAUAUGCUAAGCGCUGUUGUGUGCUGCACUGAAUUAGAUAUGCAGACUGGAACUUAAAUAAGAUAUUUCAAUUAAUCAUGGACUUGGAUCCUAAGAAGCAGCAAGACUGGAAGCCCAUCCUGUUCAUCAAUCUCUAUAUAAACAGGAGAAUUGCCUCUGAAAUCAAUGCAUACAAACUGACUUCAUAGCACUCUGAGCAAGCAGAAAAUCAAGUAUUUUGUCUUUCCCUAGUCAAUGUACUUUCAUUAGUUCACGUGACCAUUCUGUUCCGAACGAAUGUAGUCUUGAAGGUCUCUAAUCUGUAACAGUGGUAAGUUUUAAAAUUCUUUCCAUGUACUAAAUCAAUAUUUGUAGAGGGCUCUCUUUUGCAUUUCUCCCACACCAGAAGCACUGUUCACUUCCCAGGUAGAUUUUCAAUGUGCAAAGAAUGUGCAGCUGGACCUGUUGUGAUACAGUGGUGUACGCUGAAUUGAAUUUGGGCAUGACCACGAAUCUAUUGAAACUUCAGACUGGAAUAAACAAAUUACUUAACAUGCCUUAACUGUGUCAUGAAACUGUAAAUAACUGAGAGGAUGUUAGAGACGUGGAUAAAUUUACUAGAGCCAUCAGUCAUCUCCUUGAUGAUUUUGUUCAUUACAAAGUAUGUAUGUAGAGCUCUACUUUGAGUCUGCAUCAAUGAUCUUCCAGAUUAUUAACUUGCUUUGUCUUUCAAUGGUUAUAAUGGACCAAUUCCUACAAAUCCUGAAAACAAAAAUCAUGUUAAAAAAAGCAAAAGUAUGUCUGUAUUCUGUAAACCUGGUGAUUACUGUUGGUUUUGUAAUUUUGUACUCUUAAACUUAAUUCAUAUACAGAAUUGUUAGGCAGAUUAUUCAUGCAGCUAUUUACGUAUUAUGAAGUUUGUAGAAACUAAGUAGCAUUGAUAAGAUGUACUUUUUUUUCAUUAGUAAUCAGAAAGAAUCAAACAUUUGACUUUUUUAAAAAAGUUCAAAAUAAUGCUGUGUACCACAAGCCUGUCCUUUGAAAUGACGUUCAAGCCUGAAUAGGUAUAAUAUGGCAUGAGUUCUCUUUGUAUUCAUGAUACACCAGCUUUCAUUCAGCAAAACUUCGCAAAAUGAUUGCAUGGAAUAACAUGAGAGGUACAAAAAUGAAGCUAAAGCUGGAAGAUGAAAAAAAAAAGGAGACUCAAAGGUUCAGGAGAACACUUGCAUUAGAGACAGAAUGAAAAGCGGGAUAGACUGUAACUAUAAAUGAUUGUCAACUAGAGCAGUGCUAGAACCAGCACUUCUUUUCACAGGAAAUUCUACUCUCUGCCAUUUGUUUCGGUUUCCAGUCAGAAUCAUAACAAGUCUUUAAAAUUCCCAAGAAUCAAAUAUAAAUUUGGCAGAUAGUUAGACAAACACUCCUAGCUUUCUAAACAAGACAUAAUUUCUUAUCAAAUAUAUCACCUCAGUACUAACUUGACCUUUUCAGAACAAAAUACCAAACUUCUUUUUAAAACAAAAUCUUGUCCAAAAGACCAUCUCAUGGAACAAUUAAUUUAAGUAGUCAAGAUUUUCUUGUGCAAAAUGAGUUCUAUUAGAAAGUCCAAUCAGCUCCAUGCAAACUUGGGGCUUUUGAUUUUAGCAUUGUACUGCCACUUCUCCUGUUGCAGUAGUACUCAGCUAGGAGAUUUCAUUUUCCUAUCAGUGAUCACAAUGCCAAAGUGCCUUACACAUCCUUUCAGGUGCAGUGUUGAAAGGCUGGGGCAGGCAAGGAGGUGUAUUGUGAUAAAGGCAAAAAAACCCACCAAAACCAGCAACAGCACAGAAUGGACCAUCUCAGGUAAUUCUUUGGUCUUAAAGAAAGACUAAGUGCCCUCUUUGGCAAAUAAAGAGACUGGGAAACAAAGGAAUUAAGUGCCUUGCUUGGGGUCACGCCAAAUAGUGUGAAUGUAACAAAGCUUAAGACUGAUUUUAAGGAGUGUCUGAUUUUCUGUACCUUUUUGGUUCCUGCAGCCUCUCUCUUUGUCUCUUUCUAUGUCCGUUGACAGCAUGUCCUGAAGAGGGUGUUGGUCAUCAGAAAACAUAUUCUUAGCUUUAAAAGAUUGUUUUUUUAAAAAAAAAAAUCAUUACAUCACUAAAGCAUGAAUUUGUCUGAACUGAGAUCCUCCUGUAAUAAAAUCCCAAUCACCUUUAGGUUUAUGUCUACAUUAGCAUUUUUGUUCAGAUCGAGAGUGUGUUUUUAAAAUAGUCUUCCACUAUCACAGCCUGGUCUCAGAGCACAAAAACACAUUCGUUUCAGCUGAAACUAAACCAGAAGCUAUAUUUUAGAUGUGCACAUAAUUGUCUUCGACAGCCAACAGGCAUUUAGUCCACAGGUCUAAACCAGAGCUAGUCUGAAGAGAGCAGUGAGUACUGGGUGGGCAUCAGCUCCAUCGACUUCUUGCUCUAGUGAUUUGAUUCUAAUGUGCAAUGCUACUUGCUAAUGUAGCUGUAACCUUUAAUUUCAGAAAGCAUUAUAUCACACAGCACGGUUCUGAAUGAGAGAGAAAAGAGCAAAACUACCAGAGUGCCUAGUGACUGCAAUUUUAGCGGUUUGAUGUCUUAAGCUGUGCAAUUUAUGUAGCUCUACCUCCAGCUGCUAAGAUGUGAGUUGCCUGUACACAGUGAGUUCUCCUCAGGUUCAUCACGAUAAAAUGCUUUGGGGCAGAAGCCAACAUAAGAGUAUUUGUAACUUUUUUUGGAAACUAGGUCACUUUAAGAAAAUUUGAAGAUCUGCCUGAAGGGAAAAUUAACAUUUGCUUGAAACUAUGAGUCAGUUUUACAUGUUUUAGACUUUAUAUGUGGGCCAAACAUGUAUGUGUAUAUGUCUGUUGAAGUCAGCUAGUGACUGUUUCACUGCCUUAGAGUAAAAUAAGAGCAACGUAAAUUGCACAACAUUGCCCCUGUUUUAAAUUCUAUGUAUGUUGAUAAAAAUCAGAGUGUAAGAAUGUAUAGUUCGUAUUUUCUUCUAAGAAUGUUUGCUAUUAAUUUCAAAUUAAAUUUUUUAUAUUUAUUGCCAUUAAAUAAAGUUUAUUUUAAAAUAAUAAUAUAUUUGAUGUUCAUUAGCAUUGUUUGUUUUUAGAUGAACAAUACUGCUGCUGCCAAAUGCCACAUUUAAAUUCUUGUAACAUCAGUACUAAUUUCCAUAUUCUUUUUCAAUUUUUUGCCAUUAAACUGUAUUAUUGCUACUCAA